UGGCCCACAAACUUUCUGCAUCAUGAUGUCUUCUUCUAUGACGAUACGACCAAAACCUUUUGUUAGUAACAAAAGCACCACGAUGGACUGCAAAAUACCUGUCGACUUGUCGAUGUCUUAUUUGCGAGCGAUUCAAAAGAUACCGGGAGAUACUGCUGGUGAGAAGUUUAGUUGGAUAGGAAGACUGGCUUUGCAUCAAGCCAGCGAAGAUAUUGAACAAUUUCCGCCAGAAUUGCUAUCUCUACUUCACGUGGAAACCGCCGUCAAGAAAAAGAGGCAUAAGGACAACGUCAGCGCUGAAAUGUGACGACUUGACAAUAAUAAACCGGGCUUUUAAGGCCACUUGGUUUUUCAAUGGCAGCUACAAGGAGAUCG